CGGCAAUUCGAGUAUUUAAAUGCGAGUAAUGUGACACGCGUUCGCAGUAGCACCAAACUUCGAGUGGUGUCGGCGCUUGUAAUACAUAUAUAUAAUACAUACAGGAGAAAAGUCCCUAGGCGGCGCUUCCGAAAAACUAUUGGCCAAUUCGUCGCGGAACAUUCCGAUUGGUCGGUCCAGCGAGAGAAGUCCAAACGCCGGUCACCGCGAGUGGCUGCAAUCGAUCGCUGCUCAGCGCGGUCAAGGUUGGUCAGAGUGAUCAAAUGGGACGCUUCGAGACCAUUUCGAGACUUUCGACAAAUAUCGUGGAUUGCUUGUCGGUUUACGUCGGUACAUACGUGCGCUCGUUACACACGUAUACACGCGCGCCCGUGCGACGACUCCUGGCUUUGUAGCGGCGUAAAAACAAAGGUGGCGGAAAAAGGUUAAAGGGAUCGUAAAUCCGUUCAAUCUGCUUCGCGCGCGGAUCAUACCGAGGAUGGAGAACAGCGGCGAGAGCGGCGACGACGGCCCUCUGGGGACGACAUUCCUGGGCGGUAACACCGUUACGGCGUCCUACAUCGGCGUGCAAUCGGACGACAUGGAAGACGAUCCCGAGAACACGGAUGACUCCAAUCACGGCGCGGGGGAUCCCUUGCAGAGCCCCGGAGUCUCCACCGGCGGUGGGCCGCUUCGCGAGCAGGAUCGCUUCUUGCCGAUCGCGAACGUCGCCAAGAUCAUGAAGAGGGCCAUUCCGGACGCUGGGAAGAUCGCCAAGGACGCGCGCGAGUGUGUACAGGAGUGCGUGUCAGAGUUCAUCUCCUUUAUCACGUCGGAAGCGAGUGACAGGUGUCACAUGGAAAAGCGUAAAACUAUCAAUGGUGAGGACAUUCUGUUUGCCAUGACUACGCUCGGCUUCGACAAUUACGUCGAGCCGCUGAAAGUGUACCUGCAGAAGUAUCGCGAGGCGACGAAGGGCGACAAUCCCACCAACACUGGGGCGGCCACCGGCAAUGGGAAAACGGAGCCGCAGGGCAUGUACGAGGAUCAGUUGUUCGCCAUCACCGCGACGGCGUCCAGCGUGACCAGUUCCGACUCUGUCAUUUACAGUUACUCGUCGAACGAGCAGAUGCAGUUUCAACUUUCCUGAUCAUUGGGAGUUAAAGUGAUAUUGAUAUAAGUAUUUAUCGCGUAUUUGUUCUGGGACACACUGUGUGAUCUGUGAGACAUGGGCAUGAGUACGAUCGCGUUAACAGAUCCAGAUUCGCGUGGAAAGAAGGAACGAUUUUUUGCCUAGCAAUAUUCGCGUAGCAAAGUAUCCUUAAGUUUUUAAUAUUAAGGUCAUAAUCAUUAUAAGAGAUUCGGUCGAGACGAGGUGUCAAGAGGUAAAAGUAUACAACUUUAAUCUUUGUAAAGAAGCAAUUUGUAAGCGUGGGCGUUAAAUAAACCAGGAGGCUUCGCGAACGAGA